AGAGCGCGAUUAACGCGUCCGCCAUGCAUCAGCCGCCGCCGGUGAAAUAAGGAUACCAGCAAACACACCGAUUAAAUCCCAUCGAAAAUAAGUGGAAAGCCGCGGCGAGCCUUCCGUUACCGUGACCUGACGGACAUCAGCGUUCGUGCAGCGGUUGAGAGAGAUAAACACGGACUGAAAGAGAGAGAGAGAGGGAUCCACUGACUGAAGCUCAGGAUGGAGUGGCAGCCGGAUGAACAGGGUUUACAGCAGGUGCUGCAGUUGUUGAAGGACUCCCAGUCUCCAGAUACGGCCACGCAGAGAGCCGUUCAAGAGAAACUGGAGCAGCUGAAUCAAUAUCCUGACUUCAACAACUACCUGAUCUUCGUCCUCACCAGCCUCAAAUCUGAAGAUGAGCCCACCCGUUCUCUGAGCGGCCUGAUCCUCAAGAAUAAUGUGAAGGCUCACUACCAGAACUUCCCUCCGGCUGUGGCUGACUUCAUCAAGAGAGAGUGUCUCAACAACAUCGGAGACCCGUCUCCUCUUAUCCGCGCCACCAUCGGUAUUCUCAUCACAACCAUCGCAUCUAAAGGGGAGCUGCAGACGUGGCCUGAACUGCUGCCUCAACUCUGCAACCUUCUCAACUCAGAGGAUUACAACACCUGCGAGGGCUCUUUCGGUGCACUGCAGAAGAUCUGUGAGGACUCGUCUGAACUGCUGGACAGUGACGCUCUGAAUCGACCGCUCAACAUCAUGAUCCCUAAAUUCCUGCAGUUCUUCAAACACUGCAGCCCCAAGAUCAGGUCUCAUGCCAUAGCCUGUGUGAAUCAGUUCAUUAUUGGCAGAGCUCAGGCGCUCAUGGACAACAUUGACACAUUCAUAGAGUCUCUCUUUGCAUUGGCGACUGAUGAAGACUGUGAGGUGAGGAAGAACGUCUGCAGAGCGCUGGUUAUGCUUCUGGAGGUCCGGAUCGACCGCCUGAUACCACACAUGCACAGCAUCAUUCAGUACAUGCUACAGCGCACGCAGGACGCCGAUGAGAACGUGGCGCUGGAGGCCUGUGAGUUCUGGCUGACUCUAGCAGAGCAGCCCAUCUGUAAAGAGGCUCUGUCAGGACAUCUAGUCCAACUCAUCCCCAUCCUGGUGAACGGGAUGAAAUAUUCUGAGAUUGACAUCAUCUUACUGAAGGGUGAUGUGGAGGAGGACGACACCAUUCCUGACAGUGAGCAGGACAUCAAGCCUCGUUUCCACAAAUCUCGCACCGUCACACUGCAGCACGAGGGAGGAGAGGGAGAAGAAGGAGAGGACAUCGAUGAAGACGAGGAUGAUGAUGACGACACGCUCUCUGACUGGAACCUGCGGAAGUGUUCUGCGGCGGCGCUGGACGUGUUGGCGAACGUGUUUCGGGAUGAGCUGUUGCCGCACCUGCUGCCGCUGCUGAAGGGUUUGCUGUUCCACCCAGACUGGGUCAUCAAAGAGUCCGGGAUUCUGGUGCUGGGAGCCAUCGCUGAAGGCUGUAUGCAGGGGAUGGUGCCGUACUUACCCGAACUCAUCCCGCACCUCAUUCAGUGUCUGUGUGAUAAGAAGGCUCUGGUUCGCUCCAUCGCCUGCUGGACACUCAGCCGCUAUGCACACUGGGUCGUGAGUCAGCCGCCGGACGCCCACCUCAAACCGCUCAUGACGGAACUGCUCAAACGCAUCCUGGACGGCAACAAGAGGGUGCAGGAGGCUGCAUGCAGUGCGUUCGCGACUCUGGAGGAGGAGGCGUGCACAGAGCUGGUCCCCUAUCUCAGCUUCAUUCUGGACACGCUGGUGUUUGCCUUUGGGAAAUAUCAGCACAAGAACCUGCUCAUCCUCUACGAUGCCAUCGGCACCCUGGCGGACUCAGUGGGACAUCAUCUCAACCAGCCGGAAUACAUCCAGAAACUGAUGCCGCCUCUGAUCCAGAAGUGGAAUGAAUUGAAGGAUGAGGAUAAAGACCUGUUUCCGCUACUAGAGUGUUUGUCGUCUGUGGCCACAGCGUUACAGAGCGGUUUCCUCCCAUACUGUGAGCCCGUCUAUCAGCGCUGUGUGACUCUGGUGCAGAAAACACUCGCACAAGCCAUGAUGUACAGCCAGCAGCCGGAUCAGUACGAGGCUCCAGAUAAGGAUUUCAUGAUCGUGGCUCUGGAUCUUCUCAGUGGUCUGGCCGAGGGCUUAGGGGGUCAUGUGGACCAGCUGGUUGCUCGUAGCAAUAUCAUGACCCUUCUGUUCCAGUGUAUGCAGGACACAAUGCCUGAAGUGAGGCAGAGCUCGUUUGCAUUGCUGGGGGAUUUGACCAAGGCCUGUUUUCCACACGUUAAACCUUGCAUUGCUGAGUUCAUGCCGAUCUUGGGGACGAAUCUGAACCCGGAGUUCAUCUCGGUGUGUAAUAACGCCACCUGGGCCAUCGGAGAGAUCUGCAUGCAGAUGGGUGUGGAGAUGCAGCCAUACGUGUCUCUGGUUCUUCCUCAUCUGGUGGAGAUCAUUAACAGACCCAACACUCCUAAAACCCUGCUGGAGAACACAGCCAUCACGAUUGGUCGCCUGGGUUAUGUCUGUCCACAAGAAGUGGCGCCCAUGUUGCAACAGUUCAUCAGACCCUGGUGCACAUCAUUACGAAACAUCCGAGACAAUGAAGAAAAGGACUCAGCCUUCAGAGGCAUCUGUGUGAUGAUCGGUGUGAAUCCCGGCGGUGUGGUCCAGGAUUUCAUCUUCUUCUGUGAUGCUGUGGCCUCCUGGGUCAAUCCUAAAGAUGACCUGAGAGACAUGUUCUACAAGAUCCUCCACGGUUUUAAGGAUCAGGUUGGCGAGGAGAACUGGCAGCAGUUCUCGGAGCAGUUCCCACCCAUCCUGAAGGAACGCCUCUCUGCAUGCUAUGGCGUGUAGCCCCGCCCUCGCGUCACACGCAGCAUAUGCUGUCAGUUGAACCUUUAGGAGGGGGGAACUCAUCCAUCUGUGUAUUGCACUGCCCUGAUCGUGGGGGAGAGGGACGCGAUUGGCCGCUCCGCCUGACGGACAGAUCCCACGCCCUUUGUGUGUCCA